GCUGGGAGGCGGGGCUAGCGGCUCUUUGUGCACAUGCGCAGUAUAUACGCGUCGAGCUCGGCUCUAGGCGAGGGGGCGGUCAGGCUGGCGAUGGAUUUUGUCGGGGCGCAGAGCGCGGUGCUGGCUGUGCUGAGGGGCGUGCGCGCAGGCGACCGGUCCCGCCUGCUGCACUGGAUGCGAACGACCAUUUAUUCUUGUUUCUGAAGAAUUCAGAUGAUUCUCUGAUGCUACUGUAUAUUUUAUAUAUGGUCAUAGCUCUAUUAGAGAGGCAAGAUAACUUUGAUGAAUUCAUAUUGAGUAAUAAUGAUGUUGUGCUCAGAAGCAUUGCUGAAGAUCUUCGGAAUUGCUUACCCAUUGAGGCAAUGCUUAACUCGGAACAUCUAGCAAUUCAAAAAAUACUUGAGCAGCCAGAGCCGACAGUUCAUGUUGAUGCAUUCCUUUAUGAUGAUGACAUUAUUGAUUCAUUGUGUGAGAAGGGGAAAAUGAGUAGAAACUACUGUGUAGUGUGUGGCUCACACAAGACUGCACCUUUAGAAUUUAUUUCUCAUUCCUUUUCCCUCAUGGAACUGAAGUUUCUUUAUCAGUAUGCAUUGCCUGACCUGACAGGAAAGAUUCUGGUUGACGUUGGCUCCAGGCUUGGUGCAGUGCUAUUUGGGGGCUAUCUUUACAGCUCAGCAUCCCAGCUAUAUGGAGUGGAAAUGAAUGCAGACUUUUGCCAGUUGCAAGAAAUGAUAAUCACAAAAUACCAAUUUACAGACAGAGUAAAGGUGCUUCAUUCAGACAUCUGUACUCAGGCUUCACUCCUUCAAAAUGCUGAUGUUGUUGUAAUGAAUAAUGUCUUUGAAUAUUUUCUCAACAGACUGGAACAGGCCAGAGCCUGGGAAUUUAUCAGUCAUAAUAUGAGGAAAAAAGGAUCAUUAUUAGUGACAGUCCCAAGCCUUGAAGAAUCUAUCUCAAACCUACAGACCGAUAUACUGCUCAGCCAGUGGGUAGAAGAGAUGAAGUUGGACUAUGAUGUAUACAUGGAAAAGGAUAUUGAUAGAGAAGCACUUGAAGAAAUUCAUUUGUACAAGAUUCUCUAGCAUACAGACUGAUUUAUUGAUAACAGUAUAAAAUCAUUGACUUCAGAGGGAGCUGUGUGAAAGGACUGUAAGAUUAAGCCCUAUUUCCAAAAUCAUGAAAAAUCUUACUAUUUAUUUUAGAAAUUAUACAUAUUCUCACUAAUGAAACAGGAGCUUUUGAAAACAUAUUUUGAGAUGUCAAAUUUCUUGCAUUAAAGUUCUCAGUGUGUCAUAACAGUACAAUAAAUUUUACCCACUAGG